CCCAGCGCUUGACGUCAGUAUAACAACAACCUGUAAUGACAGCUCGUGAUGGGAAAGGCAAUUCGAUUAAGACUUGAAAACGACUUAUCCAAGCAUCAUUUACCCCUGAAUGUGUAACUUCUCGCAAAAAGUGUGUGAGGAACAGAAGUGACAGGGCGUUCUUCACCUGUCAGUUAUCCAGCCGAAGAGACGGGGAACAGGAUAGGGAAGCAGGGCGAAGCGGGCCCCGCGGAGCCGGUGGAGAAGAUGGCCGGCAGCCCGGAGAAGAGUUCCACAGCUCAGGAGCUGAAGGAGCAGGGGAACCGGCUGUUUCUCUGCCGCAAGUACCAGGAGGCUGCUACCUGCUAUAGCAAGGCUAUUAACCGUAAUCCAUCAGUGGCAGUGUACUACACCAACCGGGCCCUAUGCCACGUGAAGCUGCAGCAGCAUGACAAGGCUCUGGCUGACUGUAAACAUGCUCUGGAGCUGGACAGCCAGUCAGUCAAGGCCCAUUUCUUCCUGGGCCAGUGUCACCUGGAGCUGGAGAACUACGACGAGGCCAUCGGCAACCUGCAGAAAGCAUACAACUUGGCGAAAGAACAAAGGCUUAACUUUGGAGACGACAUCCCCAGUGCCCUGCGCAUCGCCAAGAAAAAGCGCUGGAAUAGUAUCGAGGAGAAGCGCAUCAACCAGGAGAACGAGUUACACGCCUAUCUCACCAAACUCAUACUGGCCGAGAAGGAAAGAGAACUGGAAGAUUGCAGAGAAAAACAGGACGACAAUCAGAACGGAAGUGAUAUUGUCAAGAUCAAAUCAAAACAUGACAAGUUCCUCAUGGACAUGGAUGAGCUAUUCUCUCAAGUGGAUGAGAAAAGAAAAAAGCGGGAGAUCCCAGACUACCUGUGUGGUAAGAUCAGCUUUGAGCUGAUGAGGGAGCCCUGCAUCACCCCCAGUGGAAUCACCUAUGAUCGCAAGGACAUCGAGGAGCACCUACAGCGAGUGGGUCACUUUGACCCGGUCACCAGGAGUCCACUGACCCAGGACCAGCUGAUCCCGAACCUGGCCAUGAAAGAAGUGAUCGAUGCCUUUAUCCAGGAGAACGGCUGGGUGGAGGACUACUGAAGGGACCCCCCUCCCUCCCUCUGUUUUACCCCAGUGUUCAACACAAGGCCUGGACAAUUCAAGACUGGAGAGAACAGAUCGCCCCUCCCCUGUUGUUUUUUUUAUUUUAGUCAAGCGGGGAAAAACCAACACUAUGGACUACAAAACAGGAGCCAUCUCGGUCUGCCUCUCUUGCAGAUCCUCCCCGUGUUUUGUCUUCGCUGUAAAUCCUCCCCCUUCAAAUUUAGGAGCCUUGGUGUCUCCUGCUCCCUUUAAAUCUCUUACUCUACUGUCCAUAUUUCCUCCCUUACUCCCCCUUCCUCUCUCUUCACGCUGUUUCUCCUCCCCCGAGCCUGACUCCUUUAUUCAGUACAAGGGGCCAUGUUUCUCAGGUCUCUCUCUCUCUCUACUCUCUCUCUAUAGUGCCACAGUUUUUUGAAAACAUCAGCUCUGCACACAAGUGUUUCACAUACUACCAGUGUGUUUUAAAAAAAAAAAAAAGAAGAAAAAAAAAAAAGAAAUCUCUCCUUACGGUGGCAGAAGUUAUAAACACAUUGGCCUUUCGUCUGGCUUCUACUCCAGUAUUUAUUAGUUAUUAUUUUUCAUUAAAUAAGUAGCUGAUCACUCAAAAUGGUUUGCCCAUGUUUUAGUUUUUAGUGCUGGUUGUACCUUUUGCUGAAAUGCCAAAAACUUUGUUCUCAACAAGGGUGACUACUUUGUAUGCAAGGUGAAGACUGAAAAAAAAAAAAAAAGAAAAAAAAAGAAAAGAGUCUCUUAAGGUAAGAUUUGACGUGGCGUGUCAACAGUGCUUUUUUGCAUAUCAGUCACCCCAUUACAGACAAUUGAAAUAAGUUGAAUGUAAUCAUAAUAUACUUUUUAGGUUUAGAUUGGACCUAAGUCGAAAUGUUUUACUUAUCAGUACACUAUAAUGAUGCUUUCUUAAAAAGGGGAGUUGAACUGUAUACAAAUAAUAUAUGGAAAGAACAGCUACAUUGAAAAAAAAAUAUGGAUAUUAACUGAAAAAUGUCAAAAAUGUUUGCAUUUUGGUAGUCUGAGAUCAACUCACCUGUCCUUUGGUUUGACAUUGAUGAAAACUGCUUGGAAGAAUGAUAUGCGCUGUCUGUGUUUUCAUAGAAAAAAAAAAAAAACAACCUGUGCUCGGACUUUGGGCCUCGUUCA